GACUGUACUCACUGCAACAGCAGCUUGCAGUGAGAAGAAAUCUGAGUCAGCAUCUGUUAGACGUCCUUCUUCACCACAGCAGGUAAAGUACAAGGAAAUAACCUCAGAGCUGAAAUGAUGAACCAAAGGAGACUCCCCCCUCUGUUCCUCACUGUCAUCCUCUGCCUCUCACCAUGGCCCACCUCUGGAGACACGUGCACCGACGACUGUCCAUUAAAACAUUACACCUCCGAUCAUGAUGAGCAGUGUUAUGACGGCUGUGAAGAGCGAGGGUACGACUACCACUGGUGCCACUCCACAAAGGGCUGGGGUUACUGCUCCCCAAGAAAAGAUGUUGAUGACAAAGGCAACGCCUGUGAUGAAGACUAUCCCUGUGACAAAUAUGGAGGAGAUUAUUACUCGUGUCGCCUGGAGAAAGGAGGCUGGGGCAGAUGUGGCCGAGUGGAGUCAAAGACAAUGAUUCAUCAAACCAUAAAGCUGAAGGACUGCACUGAUGACUGUCAGUAUCAUGAGUCUGGGAAGUACUUCUGGUGCCACACUGAAGAUGGCUGGGACUACUGCUCUUCUAAUCCAGACCACACCUACAAAGACGUGACCUGUCGCCCAAAUCACAAGUGUGGAGCCUAUGGCCAAACUUACAGCUGGUGCUACACAACAGACAACAAUGACUGGGAUUACUGUGGACUCAUCAGUACCAGAGAGUGCAAAUGUUCCCCACAACACCGCACCAAACGGGCACCUCCUGACGAACAGAUGAUCGAGUCUAGGGAGGACAAGUAUGGGAGACAGAUCACUUUCUAUGAUGACAGUGAUAAAGGUAUAGGAAAUUCCAACAAAGACUUACGCGAGGAAGCUCGUGAUUUGAUUAAUGAGUGGACAGAUGAUAAGGUUGCUCUAUUGGGUGACAAAGCUGGGACAGUGAUUAAGUCAAAAAAUCUUCGUAUUGACAACCAGGGAAAGAUAAAUAGAGAUGAAAAAGAAUAUCAUAACCUGCAAAUCCAGAUUAACAAGCCACGUAAGCCUGGAGAGAGCACCACUAUAGCACAGAUCACAGCUCCUUUUGGGACUUUAGCUGAGGACAUGCGUUGGGCCUUCGACUACAGUUUAACCCAUGGGGGGGGGCGAUAG